AUGUCAGUACAAUGGGGGCUGCCAAUGCUCGCCGACUGUCUGCCCCAAGAACUCUUCGAGCGAGUCUACACCGCCGCUGUCGACCCUACCUUUGUCCCUCCCGAUCCCGGUUAUCUCCCCGCCAUCAAUGGCCAAACCGGUGAAGUGAUGAAAAAUAUUCCUUUGCUGCGCAUGUAUCGCGUUUCCCGUCGACGGUUUAGGAAAUUGUGCACGGAAGGUAUUGACGUCCAGUAUAAUAAAAAGUUCGUCGAUAUCACCUACGAUGAUGAUGAGUCGACGGUGACCGCGGUCUUUGAGGAUGGGACAGAGGCCACGGGGACAAUGUUGAUUGGAGCUGAUGGCGCCCAAUCCCUGGUCAGAAACGCCCUAUUUGGAGACGACGGCCAGCCCUGCACUGUCCCUUAUUCUGCUGUUAAUCUGCAUGUCUGCUAUAAUGAUGCCGAAAAAGCCAAGUUCGUCCGCCAGGCUCACCCCAUUAUGGCUAUGGGCAUGCACCCCAACGGCUAUUGGCAAUGGAUUUCGAUCCAAGAAGUGCCAGACCCUAAUGAUCCCGCCACCUGGGUCUUCCAGCUACAGACCACAUGGCACAAGAAGGAAGGGGAAGAAGUGGCUUCCCUAGCCAAUUUGAAGGCCAAGGCUGAAACCAUGGGUGAGCCAUUCCGCUCCGCUAACCUGUGGAUCCCGGAAGGAACAACGGUUCACAGCAAUAACUUGUCAUACUGGAUUCCUCGGCCUUGGGACACCCGUAAAGGCAGGAUCCUCCUUGCCGGCGAUGCUGCUCAUCCCAUGACCUUCCAGCGCGGCCAAGGUCUGAACCACGGCAUAGCAGAUGCCAGAAGUCUGGUUCUCAAGUACAAGGAUGCCCUGGCUGGAAUAACGACCUUUGAAGAAGCCGCGGCUGCAUAUCAAGCCGAGUUGGUGGAUCGCGCGGGCGAGGAAGUCCGCCUGUCCAAGGAAAACACAGAAAUGCUUCACGAUUGGGAGCGGAUGGCGAAGUCGCCCAUCAUGCAGCGUGGAGGCCAUCCGAGAGGGCAAGAGCCAGAGGCGAAAGCCGAUACGGAGUGA